AGCUGUCAAAACAUCAAAAAAUUUUACACAAAAUUCUCGCAUCGUCGUCCUUUGUGCGUUCGCAAAAACAACAUUUUCGUUCCUGAAACAAUCCCUCGAUCCACUUCCGGCUCACGUAACCGUAACAGAAGAUGAGCGCCCAGCAGCAGCAGCGUCCCACGGAGGAGAAAAUGGACGUGGACGGCGACGGUCAAACGCCGGCUGCUGCACCGGCUCCUCCGGUUGCCGCAUCUGCUGCGGUAGCUUCCGGUUCCUCGUCUGGAAUGGCUGCCGCCGCCGUUCCGACCAAGUCCUCGCAAUUGGCAGCGGUGGCACAGCAGCAGCCGUCCGGUGAGUCACGCAACGUGAUCGCCGGGAAUGCGGUUCCGUCGGUGGCCUGCUCGCUGCACCCGCUGGUCAUUAUGAACGUGUCCGAUCACUGGACGCGGAUUCGCGCCCAGAAGGGCUUCAAGUCGCAGGUGUUUGGGGCGCUGAUUGGCAAGCAGAAGGGCCGGAACAUCGAGGUGAUGAACUCGUUCGAGCUCAAGUUCGACAUGGUCGACGAUGAGGUGCACAUCCUGAUGGAUUACUACAACGUGAAGGAGCAGCAAUACAAACAAGUGUUCAGCGAUCUGGACUUUCUUGGUUGGUACACGACGGGGGCGAUCCCAACGGAGAAGCACAUCAACAUCCACAAGCAGAUCUGCCAAAUCAACGAGUGUCCGAUCAUGCUGCUGCUGGAUCCGACCAGCCGGAACAUGAACCAGCUGCCCAUUUCACUGCACGAGUCCAUCAUAGACAUUGUCCAGGGUGACGCCGUGAUGCUGUUCGUACCCCUCACGUACACGCUGGCCACCGAGGAGGCCGAGCGGAUCGGAGUUGAUCACGUGGCUCGGAUGUCCACCAACGACACGGACGAGAACUCGGCCGUGGCGGAACACCUGCUGGCGCAGCACAGUGCCAUCAAGAUGCUGCACUCGCGCGUGAAGAUCGUUCUGGCGUACAUCAAGGCCGUCGAGAGCGGCCAGCUGGAGGCGAAUCAGGAGAUUCUGCGCGGAGCGUAUUCGCUCAGCCGUCGACUGCCGGUCAUUCAGAAUCCGGCCUUCAAGGAGGAGUUUUACACGCAAUCGAACGACGUCGGCCUGAUCACUUACCUGGGAGCUUUGACCAAGGUUUCCAACGACAUGAACCAGCUGGUGAACAAGUUCAACGUUCUGUACGAUCGCCAGGGCAUGGGCCGACGAAUGCGUGGACUAUUCUUCUAGGACUCUUCAAGGUAAAUCACAAACACGCUACUCUCAUUUGCUAUCUUUAUUCAAAUAAUCCCCCGCGCGAUCGCGAUCGCUCCUCCUCCCGGAGACAUUUGAUACAAAAAAACAAACCAACAAUACACCGCGUAGAUUCGAAAUCCACCCAA